AUGGGGGGAAUUGGUAUUCAGGUGCAGGGUGUGGGCAGGCAGAGGGUCGUGAGGGGAAGGGUGGGGGGAGAGAGCAGCGGAGGGGUGGAAAGGGCGCGGGGAGGUGCGGAUGGGAGACAGGCGGGGCUAGACGCGUGGCUGGGGAAGAGGGUUGGGGGCAGACGAAAUGGAAGUGGAAGCAGGGGAGGCAAGAUGGGCGGAGUGGAUGGAGGGACACGUGUGAGGAGAAGAGCUGGGGAUGGUUGGUUAGAAGAGGGUGGGAAGGAGUUGGAGGGAGAAGUAGUGGAAAUAGAGGAGGAUGAGAGGGGGGAGAAUGCAAAGGAGAAUGGGAGGGAGGAUAUGAGAGAGGAGGAUGAGGAUAGUGACGAGGUAAGGGAAGUGGAGCAGGAAGAUGGGAAGGCAGGGAAUAUGCAAGUGCAAAGGAGUGCAACGGAGUGGAAAGGAGCAGAAAAGAAUGAUGAAGAAAGGAGUGGUCCUGCCCUAUGUGCGGUUGAUGGUGGCUUGCAGGAGGCAACCCAAGAUGACUGGGCAGGAAAGAAUGUUUUGGAUCUGCCCUUGAUGACGCAAGAAAUGACUCAGGCUGACCUGCCCAAACUGCAUGGCGAGGGGGAGGGCAAAAAGGCGGCAUUGGAGGCGGUAGCGAGGGAGCUGGAGCGGUGGUUUGACAACCACCACGACUUUGCUAGCAUGGCCGUGAUUGGCCAGUUCAACCUUGGGCUCAUCAUUGGACGGCUGGGAUCUGAUCACUUAAUUGUGGACUAG